UUUGAUUUGCGCUGCGGACUGCUAAAUUGCUUGUACAAUUUUUUUUCGGUCAUAAACUAUAAAAAAAGACUUAAAUUAUUAUUAAAAAAUAUAUAAUUGGCUUCAAAAACUAAUUAUAUCGAAAUACUUUAUAAAUAGAAUUCAUAGUUGUUCGUACUUGAAUCAAUAUAGUGAUUACAUCAGGGUUAAAAAUUAAAACUAAAAUCGAAGGAAAGUUUUUCUUUCUAUUGAAUGAAAAGAAGUGCGUGUAUAUCUAUCUAUCUGUUUAGUGUUGUAUAGCUUGUGGUCCUGCAGGAGCUUUGAAUUUUCAUUUUUCAACUAUUCUAAUCGUUUGAUAGAAAAUUAAUCUCACCGAUUCACAUUCUCAAGUAGAGAUAUUGAUAUAAAAGAUCUUUUUUUAUAGAUGGCACACAUGUCACGCUAAACAAAUUGGCAGACAUUCAUAUAGCAACAAAUAAAGUUCGGUUGAAUCAAAUUUGUAUGUUGAAACUUAACGCAAACGACGCGGACGACGACGGUGUGAGAAGACGUAGUAAUGGCUCGUCAUAUUAUGGCUGUUUGUGUUGUGUGUCUGCUAUGCGCAGAGCACUUACCUUGCGAGGAACACAUUGAAACGCUAUCAUCCAAUCUCCGAUUAAAUUCAAAAGUCUUCCAUGGAAGUGAUGUCAAUAGUAGAAGUAGCAGCAGCAGCUAUGGGAAUUUUGAUUUUCAGCAGAAUGAAAAUCAUUUGACUGAUGAUGGUUACGAUAAGGCGAGACGUCGAAGAAAAGGCAUUGCAACCAAAACGGAAUCAAGAAAUAAACGCCAUGCGGGACAUCAUAAUACCAACGCAAUGGAGACUCAACACAAACCUGAAAUUACCGAGGAUUUUAUGAAGCGAAUUUUUCAAGAAUAUGGUCAGGAAGAUGGCACAAUCAAUAUGAAUCAAUUCGAGAAUAUGUUAAAAAAUCUUGGUCUAUACAAGAUGCUAGAAGAAAAAGCUUCAAAUGGAACCUGUGCAUCAAGCCAUCAACUUUUGGAUAGUAUAAAACACCAUCACGAGGAGGAUCAUAAUACAAAAUCGGGACACAAGUGUUUAAGUGAUCCGUCAUCUAAAGCUCUCUGCAAAGAACCACCUGCACCACCGUCCAAUGAAAAGGAGUCACUAUUUUUAGACUCCGAUGAUUUAAUCAAUUUAUGCCCAGUGCUGCUUUACCAACUUGCAUCGAAUUUAACACUAGAAAGGACAGGCUGUUUAAAUAGUUCACUGCUAUUUGCUGAAAAUUCCUUCCACACAGUGGAGUCUCAAGAAAAAGAAUUGUUCUAUGUGUGGAUGUACGCUUUUCUGUCGGUGUUGGCGUGUGGACUUCUAGGUCUAAUUGGGGUUGCGAUAAUCCCAUUUAUGGACUCAAGGUACUACAAACACAUUAUCCAGUACCUUGUGUCUUUAGCCGUUGGUACAAUGACGGGUGAUGCCCUUCUGCAUUUAUUGCCACACUCUGUUGCAGGUCAAUCUGAGUCGAAUAUGGUGUACAAGGGACUUACCUGCAUGGGUGGCAUCAUUUUCUUCUACAUAACCGAGCACGGAUUAACAAUGAUAUCAGAGUGGCGAAAAGGCAACGCCAAAAAAGACAAACAAACCUCACGUGCAAAGGUUGUUCGUGAUCCGGAGUCGUCAAUUAAUAAUUCUGUUGCCGGUGACAAACUCUGUAAAUCAAAAUACAGUUCCUAUCCCUAUUGCUAUGAUGAGAUUGCAAUGGAUACAAAAAAUGAUGUUUGGCUACAUUUACCCAAUCCUGAAGGCAAUGACUUGGCUGCUGACAAAAACAACAGCACUAGGGAUAAUGGUGAUGCUAACGAAACUGCUCAGAGUCUCUUGUCGCAAAAUUACACACCCAUUUCCGAUUUGAACCACCGAAUACCGGAUAGUAACACAAUAUCAACGAAUCUAGACGACACAUCGCUUGCAGAUGGAACAACCGGUGGAAGUUGUGGAAAAGAUAAGCCUUUAGUGCGAAACGACACAGUUACUGUGAUACUCAGAGAACAUGAGUCAUCACAUCACGGCCACUCGCAUAAACAUGGUCACGUUCAUUCACCCCCAGAAUCGUUAAGUGCUGUUGCUUGGAUGAUCAUAAUGGGCGAUGGACUACAUAACUUUACCGAUGGAAUGGCGAUUGGUGCGGCAUUUGCUGAUAACAUCGCCGGAGGUUGUUCAACUUCCUUGGCAGUAUUCUGUCAUGAGUUGCCUCACGAACUAGGAGACUUUGCCAUAUUGAUAAAAGCUGGAAUGUCAGUCAAAUCCGCCGUCUAUUAUAAUCUUCUUACGGGCAUACUUAGUUUCAUUGGUAUGAUAUUCGGAAUAUUGUUUGGUCAGUCACAAGAAGCUGCUCAGUGGAUGUUCGCUGCCGCCGCUGGCCUUUUCAUUUACAUCGCAUUGGUAGAUAUGAUGCCAGAACUAUCAGCAGCUCAUAAAUCGUUGGAACAAUUUGCUUUGCAAAUAUUUGGAAUGUCGACAGGAGUUCUUUUGAUGCUUCUAAUUGCAGUGAACGAAAGUCGUCUUAUGACAAUUUUUUCACCUAGUCCCGGUGAGUGGAGCGGCGGGCAUAGUCAUUGAAAACAAAAAUCAAUUAUACAUGAGAGAAAUGCACAGUCAACAUAAAUGCCACAGAUGAAUACUGAAUGCUUGUGUAUGCAUUUGUAUUGUUUACUUAACUUAAUACUAUAGAAUAUAAGAAAAUAAAAUGAAAGUAAAACUCACCAUAAAAAAAAAAUAAACACAAAUAACUUAGUUAUAAGUUUAUAUUUUCGCUACAUGAAUAUUUAUCUGUAAAAAGCAAAACAAAAAAAAACAUACUCUCUUUUUUAUAAAUUAUAUGAUGUCAUUUUUUGUUAAGUAAGGAAUAAUGUAUACUGCCUAUCAAUCCCAAAAAAUAACCGUAUAUAAUUCCUAACCAUUUUAUGAGAGUACUCAGCAUUGAAACCAAACUUACUGAAAAGUACUUAACGAUUUUUCAAUUGUAACAAAUAUCUGCACGUACUGAUGGCAAUUCAUUGAAGGAAUGUAUACUUAAAAAAUUCUCAACAUUAUAAAUUUUACAUUAACAUUUGUUUUUAUUUAAGUUUAAUAUUUCUGUAAUAUUGCAUUUUUAUCUAGUGUUUAUUCUCAAAGUUACUAAAUGAGGAAAUAUACGUCCAGUGCUCUUAGAAACUAUGUUAACUAUUCUUUUGCGACACAAGUUUGAUUUUCGAAUUAUUUGAAUUUAAAAAAUGGAAAUUUAAAUCUUUUUGGUGUCAAAAAAGUUUAAAUAAAUCAAAAACAAAGGAAAUGCUUUCGAAGAAUAAUAAUUCGGUAAAUUUAUUUAGUUAAGUUAAAUCAAUCGUGUUUGUAUAUCACUUGUUUCCAUAAUCUUGUAAACAUGUCGUCAGAGCACUGUUCGUAUAGAUCCUAAAUAAAAUAUACUGCUUAAUUGUACAAAUAAUUAUUGUUAAUUUCUUUUUCUCAAGAAAGAAAGUGUAAUUUUCUUAAUUUAAUUGUUAUUUUAACAGGCAGCUUUUUUCAAUGUGUUUUGAAAGAAUUUUUAUUUUUCACUUUUAAGUAGAUUUAUUUAGUGAUCUAGAAACUUUUGGAUGAAAUAAAGAUGUAUUUUUUUUUAAUUAGAUGUGUUUUUAUUUUAUAAUGAUUUUCAGCAAUAGAUUUAUUAAUUUCUUCACAAAUUAGUUUUUUAGAUAUUCAGCAAAACUCUCUUCCAUGAAAAUAAAUUAUAACCAAAACGAAUAUUAAAUUAUAAAAUAAAAUAAUCUUGAUGUAAUUUUUGAAGAAAAAAAGAAAAACAAAACAAAGUAAUAAUAUAAUAAACGUAGGUCCUCCCUCACUAGUUAAACUAGAUACAAUUUGUACUUUUUAAAAGAACAAGUAUUUUCUUAAUUUAAUAACUAUUGUCUAUAAACUAUGUAUAAUGUAUGUAUUAACUAAGAAAUGUGAUUAUCUAAAAUAAAAGUUUUAUUUUAUGCAUAGCCAGUCAGUCUCUUAGAAAAUUAUAAAUAAGAAUUUUAUAAAAAACCUUUAAAAAAAAGUAAAUAAAUGGACUUAUGUAAAUGGCA